GCCGCAAAGCUGCUGUCCACGUGGACCGGGGCUGAGGUCUCCCGUCCUGCUGCUGCCAGAGCAAAGCCCAGAGACAUGGCCACCAACGGCACCAAGGUGGCAGAUGGACAGAUCUCCACCGAGGUGGAUGCUUCCAUCACCAACGACAAGCCCAAAACCUUGGUGGUAAAAGUGCAGAAGAAGAAGACGGAUCUUCCCGACCGAGAUACUUGGAAAGGGAAAUUUGACUUCCUUAUGUCCUGUGUAGGUUAUGCCAUUGGCUUAGGGAAUGUGUGGCGGUUUCCAUACCUUUGUGGCAAGAAUGGUGGAGGUGCAUUCCUCAUUCCCUAUUUCCUUACUUUAAUUUUUGCUGGAGUGCCACUGUUUCUUCUGGAGUGUUCCCUGGGUCAGUACACAUCUAUAGGAGGCCUUGGAGUCUGGAAGCUUGCUCCAAUGUUCAAAGGUGUGGGACUAGCAGCUGCAGUGCUUUCCUUUUGGCUAAAUAUUUACUACAUUGUAAUUAUUUCAUGGGCCAUAUACUACCUGUAUAAUUCCUUUACCACUACUCUUCCUUGGAAGCACUGUGAGAACCCGUGGAACACUGACCGCUGCUUCUCCAAUUACUCCUUAGCAAACACCACCAACAUGACAAGUGCCGUGGUCGAAUUCUGGGAACGUAACAUGCACCAGAUGACCGAUGGGCUGGAAAAACCGGGGCAAAUCCGAUGGCCACUAGCAAUUACCCUGGCAAUUGCCUGGAUUCUGGUGUAUUUUUGUAUCUGGAAGGGGGUAGGCUGGACUGGAAAGGUGGUAUAUUUCUCUGCUACUUAUCCCUAUGUUAUGCUGCUUAUCUUGUUCUUCCGUGGUGUAACACUGCCUGGAGCAAAGGAAGGCAUUUUAUUCUAUAUAACCCCCAACUUCAGUAAGCUUUCAGACUCUGAGGUUUGGCUGGAUGCUGCCACACAGAUAUUCUUCUCCUAUGGUUUGGGUCUUGGUUCACUGAUUGCCCUGGGAAGUUACAACCCUUUCAACAAUAAUGUUUACAGGGACUCCAUCAUAGUGUGCUGCAUAAACUCAUGCACGAGCAUGUUUGCUGGCUUUGUCAUCUUCUCCAUUGUUGGAUUCAUGGCUAAUGUCACAAAGAGGCCUAUUGCAGAUGUUGCAGCAUCAGGCCCUGGACUGGCAUUUCUGGCUUAUCCAGAAGCAGUGACACAGUUGCCAAUUUCUCCUUUGUGGGCAAUACUGUUCUUCUCCAUGUUGCUUAUGCUUGGAAUUGACAGUCAGUUCUGCACCGUGGAAGGGUUCAUAACAGCUCUGGUGGAUGAAUUCCCCAAGCUGCUGCGCAACCGGAGAGAGCUCUUCAUCGCCGUGGUCUGCAUCGUUUCCUACGUCAUAGGGCUCUCCAACAUCACUCAGGGUGGAAUCUACGUGUUUAAGCUUUUUGACUACUACUCUGCCAGUGGAAUGAGUCUCUUGUUCCUUGUAUUCUUUGAGUGCAUCUCAAUAUCCUGGUGCUAUGGUGUUAAUAGAUUUUAUGACAACAUCCAAGAGAUGGUGGGAUACAGACCCUGCAUCUGGUGGAAACUCUGCUGGUCGUUUUUCACUCCUAUCAUUGUGGCAGGAGUGUUCCUCUUCAGUGCUGUCCAAAUGACUCCACUCACAAUGGGGAGUUAUGUUUUCCCAAAAUGGGGCCAAGGAGUUGGUUGGUUCAUGGCAUUGUCUUCUAUGGUGCUGAUACCAGGCUACAUGGCAUACAUGUUUCUAACCCUGAAAGGCUCCUUAAAACAGCGCAUCCAAGUCAUGAUUCAGCCAAGUGAAGACAUCACUCAUCCUGAAAAUGGGCCCGACCAGGCCCAACAGAGCAACUCUGCAAACAAAGAAGCCUACAUCUAAAUUCUGUGUUGUAAAAGUACCAAUACCACUCCAGAAAAACAAAACAAAACAAAUAUGGUUGAGUAGGACCACAAAUUUAAGUCUGAGAGUAUAAUUACCUACCUCUAGUGG